AUGUGGAUACAUCCUGAGGAUGAAGCAACAUAUGAAAAUAUUUUCAAAGUGCAAGCGGAUCAUUGUCAAGAUCCUAAUGCAAUUCUCCUUACACAAGAGGAGAUCUCAAACUUGGUGUUUAAGAAGAAGUCUAGUAUUGUAAAAGGACUUGGCAUGAGACCUUCCUCUUCUCUAGUAACCACCGUCUCCUCUAAUUCAUCGGUGGAGUAUAUCCAACGGUUAGAAAAUGAGAUAAUUGAGCUCAAAGAGGCAAGAGCUAAAGAUCAAGAGGAGCGAGCUAAGGACCAAGAGGCACAAACUAAGCAAGAUGAGGUCCAAAAGAAUAUUCUUAACUUUUUGAGGAGCAAGGGUUAUGAUGAUGCUCUUACUUAUGGAGAUUUCUUAUUGGUGGCUUUUAGAGGAUUUACUUUUGGUAUUACUUGAAGACAUAUGGGGAUAUCUUCCGUUAGUUUUAAAAUAGGGUUUAGGUGGAGUUAUUGUAUGUAUUGCAAACAAUUAUUGUAU